AUGACCGACUCGCACCGAGACCAGCCGCUCGACAGCUUGCCCUACUACGACAAGGACCUCGACCUCCAUCCCGAGCUCCGACCAGCCAUCAACUCGCAGAUCGCCAUCGAGCUGCGCUCCCUCCUCCCCAAGAACCCGUCCGCCAACCCGUCCAACCUCUCGCACCUCCCGCCGCCUCGCCCUCUCCCCUCUGCGUCCGACCACCCGCUCCUCGCCGCCGAGCUCUCGCGCGUCGAGUCCAAGCGGCCUCUCCGCGACGGCGAGGGCCUCGACACGUCGCGCUACGCCAUGCCGUUCCCGGACGAGGCGUCGCUCGACAGCGUCGAGGCGUGGGAGCGCGCGUACGAGUCGAGCCUCGCCCAGCUCGAGCACCAGCGCCUGCGCAGCCUCAACGGGUCGCUCCUCCAGCAGCUCGGCGGCAACAAGUGGCGCGUCGAGAACUUUGCGCUCGAGAACGCGAUCCAGCGCGUCGACGGCGAGGGCGAGGGCGUCAAGGAGCAGGUCGAGGAGGUCAACCGCAGGCGCAAGGCCGACCAGGAGAAGGCGGGCGAGACGUUGAGCAGGCUCGAAAAGCGGUGGACUGAGCUCGUGUCGAGCGGCGUCCAGCUCGAGAUCGGCAGCGUGGCACUCGAGGAGCAGCUCGUCGAGUUGCGCGCACGGCAUGCGGACCUGCAGCGGCGAGUGGCAGCAGUGUCGCAGUAGAUCGGGCUCGAGACUGUAUUUCAAGCCGUGCUUGUACUCUCUGUC